AUGGUUGUAAUGGAACAGGAAGAGAUGGAAUCACAGAACAUUGAAACCGAGAACCAGGCAACACCUGCAGUUGCAGCAUCUUGCAGGAAGUAUGCGAGUGAUGAUAACGCCACUUUCCUUGAAAACAUGAAGGGUCACUUCAACGAGUUCGUCAAUUCCUCAAUGGAAGAACACAAGACUUGUUUCAAGAACACCAUGGACAAGAUUCUCUCUCAAUCCUCAAUGAUGUUCGAGAGGUUGAAGGCGAGAUCUUAA